AAGCAAGCAGACAAUAAACCAUCGACGGCUUCGGAUGAGAAUGACGUCUUCCGCAUCGGUACUGGCCACUGGGGCAUAUACUAAGCCACUCACACAGGAUAUACCAAUAACAUCAUAUAUGUUUUACCAUGGUAGGUCCAUGGUUUUACCUCUCGAUACUGUCGACCGCGAGCCGAAGAAAUGGAUUGGUAAAACUCAUGGUAAAUUAUUAUAUUAUGAUGCCUUGCAGUGAUUUGCGUUUGUGUUUGCUGUACAUGCUGGAAGUACAUUGAGAGAUAGAGAUAUUACAUUCCCUACAAACUGCUAUCAAAGAUUAAGGCCUCCCGAGCAGCGAUCCAUACAUCAUUUAUAUUGAGGUGUGGGAAUAAAGGUGACCGAAGAUAUGAGGGUUCUUUUACAUUGUAGACGUGUAUUUCUGGCAAAGUGGAGUAUCGGCGUAGCAUUAUCCAUUGCUUUUAUUUAUAUCUCCCUGAUGACAAUGAACUAUGGCAAGUUUACUCUUUACAGCAAUGGCAAGGACAAUCCGAGGAGGGCGUCACACGGCACCGAGGUCAACUCUCGGCAAAUUUCCCAGAUAAUUUUUCAACAUUUUCACCGCAAAAAACCAAGCAGUACGCCAAAUAAUAUUGCCCGAAAUUUGUCUAAGGAAGAUAACUCAAAACUGCCAGAAGGAAAAUCCCAAAAUAUUUCCAACGAAAAUUUCCGAAAUAUUUUGGAAGAACGUGAAUCAGUGGAAAAUAUCACAAGUCGGAAAUCCGGACUUCCAGGAGUCUCAGACGAGGGCAAAAUUAGUGUCCGCACAGAUGACCAGGGAGUGGUCGAGUCCCGAUCGACAACGUCCAUAUCCUCAUCGUUGAGGGUGUCAUCGACAUUUGUUGUCAUCCUGGCGCAGUGGCGUUUUGGCUCUUCGAUCAUCGGAGAGCUUUUCAAUCAAAGUCCAAAUAUCUUUUUCCUCUUUGAGCCGUUGUGGUUGGUUGAUAAAAUUAGGAAUAAAAGGGAGCUUCCGUUUUCUCCAUUCCCGCGAGAACUUCAUGAAUACUCGACGAGAACUCUUAGAGAUAUCGCGGCGUGCAAUGUGUCCCAGGAGUUUGUCCGUUUGACAAAUCCUUGGGGCGGUCUUAUCAACAACCGUGCGAUAUGUCAGGCAACAGGAAAAAUAAAUCAAUGUAAAUUUCGAAGUUCUGACAUGGUAAAUAACCUAUGUACUACAUACAAUGGUAUCAUGGCUACGAAGGUCAUCCGGGCUGAUCUCGGGAAUAUAAAACCCUUGGUAGUCGAGGACAAGGUCAAUGUCAAGGUCAUUCACUUAGUGCGAGAUCCAAGGGGGUCAGCUGCUUCGCGUAUCCACUAUUACUUUGAGGAGUGGAGCGACCUGGUGCGAGCGCAUGAGGCGGAGUUCCAGAAGAAGGGCCGGCUUGCACCCCUCGGGCUUACAAACUCUACUGAACGCAUCAAAGACUCCAUUCCUACCAUGUGCAAAUGGAUGCGGGAGACUCGAGAAGAAGCAAAAACAAUGCCAGACUGGCUUCGGGGUAGAUACUACCUUCUCAGGUACGAAGACUUCGCGGCAGCGCCUCUCAACACAACGGAGGACCUCUACCAAUUUGUAGGGUUACCCCUGCCACAGAGCGUCAGGGAAUGGGUCCGCAAUAAUUCACAGGCAAAACACAGCGAUCCUGGAACGUUUUCAGUGCAUAAGAAUUCGCGCAAGACCGCUCAGAAAUGGAUGAAGGAUCUCAGAGAGCUUGAGAUUAAACAGGUUGAACAUGAUUGUGGAGAUGUCAUGGAGGAUCUUGGAUACCAGAGAUACGCAACGCUCAAAUUAGCACAAACAUAAGACCGAUCUUAGUUCAACAUAAUCUAUCCUGCAUAAAAUGCGAAAGGCGGAAAUAGUAACUACAACUCAUAAUUUGAACUCAGUUGCUGCUUGGAAUAUGACUGUGUAUGACAUUUUGACAACGAGCUAGCUAUUAUAGCUCAGCAAUACUUAGUCGUAAAUAUUCACUUCUGUAAGUCCUUUUUUUUACAGUAUUGUUAAGAUUGUAUUUUUGGUAAAUUGCCGAAAAAUGUACUCCUGUUGGUCUAAGUUAAGCCAUAUUAUAUGCCUCCCCAUUUCAAAACAACUUAAGUUCAUUUAGUUUGAGGAACUUUUUUCUUAACGCAAUUUUCACUUGAAAAAAUAAAAGAAAAAAGAUGCAAAGAGGAAACUAGAUCUACUGAACAUUGUGUUGAUUGAGAGUUAGUCCAAAUUCCUGUCUCACAGAGAGCUGCGAAUGAUCCCAUUAACCUCAACUAUGGAAAGCCAGCAACGCCAACAUCUGAAAUUCACACUGAGGUGUGUGUGAGGGUGUGUGUGUGUGUAUAUGUAUGUAUAAGUUUACAUUUGCAGAAAUGGGAUGAACUGAAGGUGAAAAGGGAUUUGAAUGUGAACAGGUGGGAUUUGUCUAGUGUGGUGCGAGUGUGAAUCCUGGUGUGUAUGUUGAUGUUUUUUUUUCUUUUUACUAGUUUUUUUCAAUUUCCCCUUCUCUUGUAUCAAUAUGAUUUGCAGGUUUUUUUUUUUUCUUUCUGUAUCCUAUUGCGCCAAAAUGUUAAACGUUCAUUAUGCAGAUUUGUAUAUAUUAUGUUUCUUUACGUAUGCGUGGUAUGUGCAUGUGUGUAUGGGUGUUAAGGUGGGUGUGUAUGUGUGUAUAAUUAUGUAAAGUUAUGUUGAAGCUUGAUUUAAAAUGGGAUGCAAUGAUAAUACAUUUAGGUUGAUUUCUGUUUUCCUGCAAAUCAUUUAUAUAGCCAUUUAACAUUAAUUAGUAUUGAAAUACAUAGAGGGUUGGGGACUCAGUUGAGUUAUUUUUUUUUUUCAGAUAUAAAAGUAUAAUUUUAAGGAGUUUCAUUCCGUCCUUAUUUGCUUCAGUUCUUGGUAAAUAUAUAUGUACUUUUUUGCAUAUCCUUGUUGAUAUGAAAUGAAGAUUUGUAUUUUGUUUUGUAUUCAUCUGCAGUUUAUGUAAUUCAUUUGAAUGAAAUCCUUAAUAAAAACAUAUUGAAAAAAAAAAAAAAUGUAUAUGUAUACACACAUCCACAUACACACACAUAUAUAUAUAUAUAUAUAUAUAUAUAUAUAUAUAUACAUAUAUUUUAUCUUAUAAUUAUAUGUGUAUAUAUUCAUAUACAUGUAUCGACAAUUAAGUGUGUGGUGUAUUUUUUCUUCUUUUUUGACGAAGGACGUGGUGCAAAUUUCCUGCAUGGAGUAUCAUGACAAGUAUGGAUUUCCAUUAAGAUAAUGUUGAUCAGAUCAAUCACAACUCUUUGUAAGAGGAGACCGAGAUGAACCUUACAUUUUUAUCCAAUCAGUAUUAGUCUCGAAAGUAGACCAGGUGGAAAUAACCCCUGCGUUUUCAUGAUUUCGGGGGGUCGACUUCUUUGACACGGUUUCGAGCAUAGUACGUAGUUACACAAAAAUGAAGUGCUAAUUCAACACUUACAGUGCUUUCAUAGUGACUGCACAACGAGUGCUGAUUUUCUAGUUUAAAUUUGAACUAGAAAAUCAGCACUCGUAGUGCAGUCACUAUACAAGCACUGUAAGUGCUAAAUUAGCACUUAAAUUUGUACAGUGUAUACACUGCAAAAACACAGGUGUUAAUUUAACACCAGCCUGGUAUCUAUAUCGGUCCACACCAGAGAGGUGUUGAAACAACACCGGAUUUGUGUUAGGCUAACACCAAUUUGGCAUUUAAGCAACACCAAUUAGUGUUAAACCAAUAUCGGUUUGAUUUACUGGUGUUGUUUCAACGCUUCUCUGGUGUGGACCGAUAUAGAUACCGGGCUGGUGUUAAAUCAACACCGGUGUUUUUGCAGUGAUAUGUACUGCUAAAUUAAUUAAACCUAGCAAUUGUAAUGCAUCUGGCUCUUCAUAUGUCAUCUUCCAGUGAUAAAGACGUGUUAUUGUUGCUACUUUGUGUUCUACAAAAAAAAAAAAAAAAAUCCAGCUCAAACAAGUGUAAUUGACAACUCU